AUGAUGUUGAUUAUUAUUACAGAAAGUUCAAUUGAAUUUUUAUAUGUAACUGUAGGCACCUUUAGGUUAACCGAAGAAGCUCUGAACCGGUAUGGGGCGAUUUCGUGUGCCUAUUAUCCUAUUAUUCGAUCAAAAGAUGACUUUGGGACAACUGAAGGUGAUCGAAUAUCCCCAGUCGAUGAUAAAAUGCCUCUAGUGUCCGAUUUUUUUCGUGUCCAUUGCCAAGGACAACACAAUACUUCGUAUUCGAACGUUCAUAUGGGAAUCAGAUUUGAUCCAACUUUACACCUUAGACGCAUAAAGAACCCGAUAGUGAAAACUCAUCUCGGCUACAAUAUUUUAAUGUUCGGCUUCGAUUCAGUAUCUCGAAUGACUUUCAUGCGAUUCUUGCCGAAAACUUACUCAUUUCUAAUCAAGGAACUAGGUGCUAUUGUUAUGAAAGGAUACAAUAUUGUUGGCGAUGGUACACCAGCAGCAUUGCUUCCCAUUUUGACCGGACAAACUGAACAAGAAUUGCCAGAAUCAAGACGAGGUCGCACAGGAGCUGUAACAGUUGAUAAAUUUCCUUGGAUAUGGAACCAAUUCAAAGAUAAUGGUUAUGUAACUCAAUGGGCUGAAGAUAUGCAGAGUGUUGGUACAUUUCAAUAUCGUCUGAGAGGUUUUCUUGAUCCACCAGUUGAUCAUUUUGGCCGUCCAUUCUACCGAUAA